AAAUGAUAUUUCACGGUGAACAACUUGAGAAUCAUGACAAACCAGUGCAUGAGGUGUUACUUGAAAGAUUCAAGGUGCACCAAGAGAAAGAUCCUGAUAAUGUUGCAUUUGUGACCGCUGAAAAUGAAGAUGACUCUUUAGGUUUCCAGCAACUUGGAAAAAAGGUUCUACAAAUCUCUGAAUGGUUUGUGGAGAAUGGAUAUAAAAAGGGAGAUGUAUUUCUACUGGCUUCAUACAACAAUUGGAGAUGCUUUGCCGCUGCUCUCGGAGCCUGGAGAGCUGGACUUAUUGUGUCGGCAGCUGCAAGUCAAUUUACAUCAUUUGAAAUGAACUAUCAAAUUGAAGAUUCCCAGAGUCAAGUGAUAUUGGUUGAUAAACAUACUUUACCUGUUGUUCAGGAAGCCUGCAAGAACUUGAAAUUUGUGAAGCAAAUAAUUUCAAUUUCGGCAAACCCUCCAUCACCAGUAAUUAAAUUCGAUGUGCUCACUUCCCGUCUCGUUCGAAAUCUUAAAAUGCCAUUGAUUGAUCCAAAGAAUGAUAUUGUAUUCUUACCCUAUUCAUCGGGUACAACUGGAAAACCAAAAGGUGUUAUGAUCAGUCAUUUGAACUUUUCCAUGAUGUUGGAAUCUUCUUUGAGAUUCUUCGAUGCCAACGCCAAAGCGAUAGGCCUUCCACCAGAUUUCGUUCUUCCUUAUGAUCUUCACUUUCUCCCGAUGUACCAUGCCAUGGGAAUGUUCCGCACACUUUUGACAUCAUAUCGUGGAACAACACAAAUCAUGUUCACAAAAUUUGAUAUGGAAUUGAUGUUGAAAAAUAUUGAGAAAUAUUCCAUUAUGGUCCUUUCUUUAGUUCCAGCUAUUGCUGUUAGAAUGCUCAAUUCUCCACUUUUACAAAAAUACGAUGUCAGUUCUCUGGUCAGCGUCACUGUUGGAUCAGCACCUUUUCCAGAAAGUGCAUCGAAGAAGCUGAAACAACUUCUGCCGAAUGUAAAUAUUGUUCAAGGAUAUGGAAUGACUGAACUUACAUUUGCAACUCAUUUACAAAGUCCAGGAUCUCCAGAUGGAAGUGUUGGAAGAUUGGUUCCUGGAACGAGUAUGAAAGUGAAAAAAGAAGAUGGAACACUUUGUGGGCCUCAUGAAAUUGGAGAACUUUGGAUUAAGGGUCCUCAAAUGAUGAAAGGAUAUUGGAAAAAAGAACAACAAACAAAUGAAUUAUUAGAUGAACAUGGUUUUAUGAGAACUGGAGAUAUUGUGUAUUUUGAUAAGAACGGAGAAACCUUCAUUUGUGAUAGAAUCAAAGAACUCAUUAAAGUAAAUGCAAAACAAGUGGCACCUGCUGAACUGGAAUCUGUCAUUUUGGAACAUGAUGAUGUGGCAGAUGUAUGUGUUUUUGGAGUAGAUGAUGCUAGUUCAGGAGAACGUCCAGUUGCAUGUGUUGUUUCAAAAAGAGGAAGAGAUAUGGAAACAUCAAAAGCAAUCAUGAAGCAUAUUAAUCAGAAGCUAGCCAGAUACAAGCACAUCAAGGAAAUUGAGUUUGUUAGUGAAAUAAUGCGAACGGGGACAGGAAAACUUCUGCGGAGGGCCAUGAAGAAAGCGUUUUUGGAUGCAAAAAAGGCUAAAUUGUAAUGACAAAAUCGAUUUUCUGAGCCUGUGAUAUACAUAUUCACCAAUAAAAAAUAC